AUGAGGUUUUCGACUGUUCUUUAUGUGAUGGGAAUGACUAGCCUUGUAUCGGCCGCUCCUCAGGACGAUAACGACGAGCCAGAAGUCCCUUCAUUCCCCAGCUUCUCCCGCCAGCCGGUACCAAGCUUCUCGCGCGGCCCUCUCCCAAGCUUCAGUCUUCCUACAGCCCUUCCUCCUUUUCCAACCGGACCUGCCGCACCACCUCGCCCUACCGGAGGAUUUCCUCCUCGUCCCUCAGUCAGCCGUGGCCCGGUUCCCAGCUUCUCGCGCACGCCUCGCCCAACAGCAACCCGCUCUUUCGUAAUCUCAGUCCGCCCAACUCCGUCUCCUCGUCCUUCUCGCUCGGCCGUUCCUGUGCCAUCUCCUCCCACUAGGCCCUCCCGCAGCGUUGGCCUAUCGCUCCCUCCACGCCCCACUCCUACUCCUGGUGACGACGACGAUGACUCUUCAUAG